GAUACUGUCAAACAUUGUUUUCUUGAAGUGAUCACAUCCGCACGAGAAUCGAAUGUUCAAUAAGCUCCAUCAAAUCACAAUUUAGCCAAGUGCCCAGGAGCCGAAACCACUCAUCAUGCCGCCGUGUACUUUGCGCCAGAGGGGUAUGGCCUAUAUACCACGUCGGGACAAGAACCGCGAGAAGGAUGUCCUGGCCCCGAAGCCCGUGCAUCCGCGCUCCUUGCGCUUUCAUGGAUUCUUUGGCAUGUCGUACGUCCAUCAGCAUGUGAUGGUGGAUGAGCGAUGGACACCCAACUCCCUGACCGAGCAGUUCAAGGGAAUGACCGACUUGUUGACGCGGCGCUUGGUGUUCAAGAACCAUGAGUCGAAGGCCAAUCGCCAGCGGUAUUUUCGAGAGAACAAGCGCCUAAAGCUGCAAUGUCGAGAUGGUCGCACAAAACUGCAGAAUAUUCUGGUCAACGACAAUACCCAUAAGAUCCGCAACUUUCUCAUCAACCAUAAGCCGCUGCAGAGGCUCUACCAGAAGAUGCCAAUUCAUUUGGUGGUGGACAACAUCAACCAGCGGACCUUUGUGAUGAGAAAGGAACGGGAUCGUUUGGAGUUUCGCUUGGAUCAGUUAAAGCAGCAUUACAAGGAACAGCUGCUGCGAAGGGCCCUGUUGCAGAAUCGCAUCAAGUACCAGAACGAAUUUAUUCUCGACGAGGAGCUCAAGUCACGGGUUUUUCUAAAGAAGAUUGAAAAUUCGAAUGUGCGCCUAAAGGCGAUCAAGACCAUCAACAAUACUUAUAAAAAGAUGAUACAGGUGCUCGUUCAUGACGAGAUCUUUUAUGAACCCAUCUUGCGCUCCCUUAGCAGCGACAUGGACGAUCAAUCUAACUUUAUCAAACAUAUCCUGUUCCUGGGUAUGCCGGCCAUCGCGAAGUUCAAGGAGUUGAACGAUGAGUUCCGACACAUGGAGGAGAAAUCCCGCAAAAACCUGCAGCACAAAUUGCAAAUGCUGUCUGCCUUGAAGAAACCGGCAGGUACAUCUAUUGUUAAUUUUAACAAACCCAAGGAGGCGCCUCCUACAACGAAUCUGAAGCGCUAUGUUCGCGAAACUCAGAGCAUGAUGAUCCUAAAACUGGAGCUCAAGGCUGUGGAAAAGACUAUCAAGGAGGUCAAGUUUGUAACACUCUGUUCGCAGGCUAAGGAAAUUUAUCCACGAAUGAAGAGCCAGGUGGACAACAACGACAAGCUACAUCGUAUGAUUGUAAAUGACAUGCUGGCUCAUGAAAUGCUGGAAACCAAGAUGAAAUGCGCCAGUGUCCUAAAAGGGGUCCUUAUCAACAAUCUCUCAGAGGAAGAGAUUAAUCGCUUGGAGCGCAUUAAGGACUUAAAGAAAACACUUACAAAUGACACCCAAUUUGAACAAGAUACUUUGCAACAUCUUAAGAAUAGAGCUGAUGCAUAUGUUAUGUUAAGAGUAAGCAUCUGGAAUCUUUUGGAGAUUCUUCGCCACAUUGAUCGCCAACCCAAAUUACUGCGUGCCCAGUAUCCAAACUCGUACUUGAAGCUCCCAUUGCUUAAAUUCGAAAUGCUGAACAUGAGGGCCGCUGCCCCAGAGAUUUUCGAGGAGAACAUUGAUAACAUAAUGCAUAUGGUGAAGCGUAAGAUCUACAAGCUGAUGAAGGCCUAUGCAGUUGAGCUCAAGCCGGCGACCAUCAAACGAAAUGUCGAGGAAUACCAUGCCGACUUCUUGGCCAGCCUAGAUUUGUACGAGCCGGUGGAUAAUGAGGAGCAGGCGCCAAACGCUCCCGAGGAUGACAUCCUGCAGGAGAACAAGACCAUGGCCAAUGUGCCCAACCGCAAACAAAUCAAGGCACAAAGCGCUAAGCUCGUGGAGGAGCUGGCCAAGCGGGAUGAAAUGUGAAUGUUUAGUUGGGUUUAGUUCGUUUUGCAGCUGUCUAAAAUUUGCAGUAACUUAAAUUCUGUACGUUAAAAAACAAUUCGAAUUGCAAACAAUUGGUGGCUUCCAAAAAAUAAAAAAUCGUGAGGCUUGCAUUGGCGAAAUUCC